ACAUGUCCACCACAGCUGACUGCAUGUAAACAUCAGCUGUUUGUAAACAACCCGGCCGAGUCCCGAAAUGCUCGCCUACCUCAAGGAAUUCCACCGUGACGAUAUAACGAAUUUGCUGAACGACAGCAAUGAUUGCUUGCAUGUGUCCCUCAAUGUCAAUCUCACCCACUUGCAAAGGACACGACCAGAACUCUACGCGGGAAUUCUACAGAACGUUUGGAGCGUUAUCCCGGAGUGGAAUAGGGCCUUGCUUGAAGGACAGAAGGAGCUUAUCGAGGGGAACUGCUUCCUCGAAGAUGGAUUUCAAAUAAAGGAGAAUUGUCACGUGCGAUUCGUGAACUUGCCACAACCAGAUGGGCCGCUGAAAGGAUCAUUUCCCGGCAACGACAAUGUGGGACAGUUUGUUCAGGUUAAAGGAAACGUUGUUCGAAUGACUCAAGGAAGACUUCUCGAGUUCAAACGAGAAUAUCGGUGUCCUCGCUGUAAGGAGACAUUCACCCUUGAAGCAGAAUAUACUAAAAUGUACGUCCUUGAUGCCCCGAAAAAAUGUUUGGACCCGAACGGAUUAUGCAAAGGCACUCUCCAACCAAAGAACCCUCAUCCUAAACCAGAAUAUUGCAUGGAUUAUCAGGAAAUUCGAAUACAAGAACUUUUUUCAGACAAAUACAUCCCCGCAUCCCUGUUGGUAACUCUAGAGAACGAUUUAGUUGACUACUGCCAACCUGGUGAUUGUGUAACUAUUUGUGGAACUAUAGAGGUCCGGUGGCCCCAAAUGACAAAAGGAAAACGAUUCGAAGUUAAUAUAUCCCUACGUGCUAUAAGUGUUUUUAAGGAUGAUGAAAAAAUAAAUUUUGGUAAAGAUCUAUCUGAGCAAUUAGUCUGGGUUCGGGCUCAGUGGCAGGAUACGAUAGACACUAUCGGGCAAUUGAGCGCACGUGAUACAAUAGUGCGAUCGAUCUGUCCUGAAAUUCACGGCAUGUAUCUAGUCAAAUUGGCAAUAGCUUUAGCGUUGUGUAGUGGGGUACAAUGCACACUGGCGGCAGGGGCCAAUAAAAGAGGAAGUUCUCAUUUGUUACUUGUUGGAGAUCCUGGACUCGCAAAAUCGAAACUUCUAAAAGCUGCCUCAAAAAUUGCCGUACGUUCGGUACAUACAACUGGGAUGGGAUGUUCAGCGGCGGGACUUACUGCAGCAGCUAUUAAAGAAGAGGGCGAAUGGCAAUUGGAAGCGGGCGCUCUCGUGUUAGCAGAUGGUGGUGUGUGUUGUAUUGACGAGUUUAAUUUGAUGUCGGAAAAUGAUAAGGCGUCUAUCCAUGAAGCUAUGGAACAGCAGACAAUUAGUAUGGCGAAGGCUGGAUUAGUUUGCAAACUCAGCACUCGAUGCGUAGUACUCGCCGCUACAAAUCCGAAGAACCUCUACAGCAUGUCAGAAUACGAGGGUACAAGUUUCAUCAACAUUGGGAUCGGAUCGCCACUUCUUAGCCGAUUUGACGUCAUUCUCAUACUACGUGACGAAAGGGAUCCGGAAUGGGAUAAUCGAAUAUCGGACCACAUCCUACAAAACACGAAUAGCAGAUCCUUAUCAGAAAAUAUCUGGGAACUGGAAAGACUUCAGUCGCAUUUCUUAGCUGUUCAGGAAAUCAACCCAGAACUAACAGACGAAGCGAACAUAAUCCUAGGAUCUUACUACAAAUAUUGCCGAUCUGACCCCAUGCGGGAUUCAUCACGCACAACCGCUCGACUCUUGGACAGCUUGAACCGUCUAGCUCAAGCGCAUGCACGUCUUAUGUUCCGUGAUAAAGUGAAUGCUGUUGAUGCCAUUUCUGUUGUUCGAUUAAUGGAGUCCUCUUGGGGUUUCGGCCGCUUAUUAAAUUCUAUCGACAUUUUACGAGAGAAUUUACCACUUGGACCAAAUGAAAGUCAAGUGCGUCAAGUAACUGCUUUGAUGGGAUUGACAAGCUUAGAUGAAAACAUUCUUCGAGAACUUGAGGAAUUAAAUUUGAGUAAAAGAGAGCACGAAAAAAGUAAAAGUGGGAAAAACGACAAAAGUCCAAUCAUAGGAAACUUACAAAGCUUAUUUGGCUUCAACAAGGAUAAUGUAAAGAAAUUGGAAGCAAUUAACUCACCCCCGAAAAAUAAUGCAAGAGGAGCAGAUCUAUCGGAAAAUAGACAAAAAGAAAAGAGUCCAAUCGUUCCUAGAAAGAAGUCUCCAAGAAAAACACCGACCAAAACAAGGUUCCCGAAACAAACUAAGGAAGCUCAAACUAAAACUCCAGCAAAGGCAACUGCAUCCGAAAAAACUAAAAACAAAUCAUCAAAUUUCGCGAAGAAAUUAUUAUUCGAUGGAGACAUAUUAGACGAUUCCUCUGACAUGGAUCUUUUCAAUAGUUUAGACAUUGUUGUUGAGUCACAAGCAGCUGCAAGUGUUGCAGAACCUGAAAAAUCCCGCAAUGAUGAUAUUAGAGUUUCCAUUAACACUUUGGGCUGCGACAACGGCCAUUCUAACGAAUCGCCAAAGGUCGAUAAUCAUCAACUUCCCCCAUUUGGGCGCCUAUUGACCCCUUUUGACUUGAGAGAUGAAGACAUCGAUGCAGCCGAUUUGGACCUAGAUAUCAGCUUCACGCCAAAAUCAAAUUCAUCGAGCCAAGAACGAAACAAACAUUCUGAGGAAAAAUCAGCUCCGGAUAGUGUAGAAAAGAGGAUAAAUGAAAAACGGAAAACUCCAAGCACGAGCAGGCUAUCUCAAGAACAACUGGAAACUGCUAGCCACUCCCCUAAACCGAAUUCUAGCAAAAAACCUUGUCUGGCAUCUGGAACACUUGCUAAGCUGAAUAGGUUUGUAAACCCAAAACUUGUUGAAGUGCAAAAGCAACCUGAAAAUGGGAAAGUCGAAUCGGAAGGGAAUACAAAGCGGCCAGAAAAAGAAACAGAAGACAGCGCUUAUGACACUAUGACCUUGCGAGGAGCACAGAAUAGACUAACAGAGAGGAGUAGUAGUCACUUUUUAGCUUCAUUAGAUGAUGAUUUAGAUUGCUUGGAAUUUGAUUUGUAAUUUAGCAUUUUGAAUGAAAUACAAUCUUUGUUUCUUAUCCA